AUGCCUCCGAAAGCUGCUGACAAGAAGCCCGCCGCCUCUAAGGCCCCGGCCACCGCCCAGAAGGCCCCCGAGAAGAAGGAUGCAGGCAAGAAGACCGCAGCAACUGGGGACAAGAAGAAGCGCACCAAGUCUCGCAAGGAGACCUAUUCCUCUUACAUCUACAAAGUCCUCAAACAAGUCCACCCGGACACCGGUAUCUCCAAUCGGGCAAUGUCAAUCUUGAACUCGUUUGUCAAUGAUAUUUUCGAACGUGUCGCUACCGAGGCAUCCAAGCUAGCAGCUUACAACAAGAAGUCCACUAUCUCUUCCCGGGAAAUUCAGACGUCAGUGCGCCUAAUUCUACCGGGCGAGCUCGCCAAGCAUGCCGUUUCGGAGGGCACCAAGGCAGUUACCAAGUACUCGUCAUCGACGAAAUAA